GUAUUUGACAUAAGCCUUUCUCUUACAAUGGUUUCACUACUGGCGAGAAUUCAAAGACGCUUCCAGAGAGAUUUGUCCCCCUAAAACCCUAGACAAGUUGAUACGCACCACAUGGCUUUCUUAAGUAAAGUUGGAAAGAUAUUUAGGCAGACCAGCACCCAUGUCACUGCCUCUAACUCGAUGCUACAGAGCAUCCGUUGCAUGUCUUCCUCUAAAAUCUUUGUUGGAGGUAUCUCCUACAGCACUGAUGAGUUUGGAUUAAGAGAAGCUUUUAGCAAAUAUGGAGAAGUUGUUGAUGCGAAAAUUAUCGUCGACCGUGAAACUGGUAGAUCGAGGGGCUUUGCUUUCGUGACAUUUACAUCUACCGAGGAGGCUAGCAAUGCCAUGCAAUUGGAUGGACAGGACCUUCAUGGUCGAAGAAUUAGGGUGAACUACGCAACUGAAAGAGGAAGUGGAUUUGGAGGAAGAGGAUUCGGUGGUCCUGGUGGUGGCAAUGCCGGUGGUUACGGUGCUCCAUCUGGUGGUUAUGGAGGUGGUGGUGGCUACGGAGGAGGUGCUGGUGGUUACGGUGCCCCAGCUGGUGGUUAUGGAGGCGGUGGUUACAAUGCUCCAGCUGGCGGUUACGGAGGUGGAUCAUCUUACGGUGGAAAUGCUGCUGGUGGCGGUUAUGGAGGUAACUCUCCUUACGGUGGCAAUGCCGCUGGUGGUGGUGGAAGCAACUUUGGCGGUGGAUACGGUGUUGCUGGUGGUGUUGGUGGAAGUGACAACUUUGCUCAAGGCAGUUCCUCUAAUGCUGGCUUUGAUGACAAGUUUAGCAGCAGCGAAACACUAGGCAAUGAUACUGAUCACCAGCUUGAAAGCGCAGGAGGUGAGCAGUUUGGUGGCAGUGACAAUCAGUUUGGUGACUCAGAGAACGGUCAAACAGAGAUUGGCGGCCCAGACGGGUUUGAUCAGACUGACGAUGGCGAUGUUGCCAAGAAAGCUUAGUCUCUACUCUCAUUUGUGUCCUGGAAACUUUUCUUUUGCGGUGUCAGAAUAAACUUGUGGGAGUUUAUUAGUUUCUGUUUUUCAACGUUUGGUGUUGUUUAUCAUGCAGAGAGACCUCUCGUUUUCUUAUGUUUUGUGUCACUUGAGGCCCGCAAAUAAUAAAAUUGUAAUAACUUCGAACA